GGAUGCACCGUGCGAAUCUACCGCGCGGAUCUGCCAGUAGCGACGUUGUUACAGGGCGAGACGUACGUUCGCGCGUCGCUUCAAAGCUAUUUGAUUUGGUUACAAAACAUUGAAAUGGCAAGUAAUAGAGCAAAAAAAAUAUUAAAUAAGGUUUUUAAUCCCGAACCGGAUAUAUCACCAUCUACGGAAAUAAAUAAAGGAGUUGAAACAAACACUGAAAUUGUUAUAAACAACAAUGAUCAUCACACAUGCGUGUAGGCGACACCGGUGCAGGCGCGGGGAGCGGGGCCGAACGACGGCCGCUCGCGCGUCGCGGCGCUUCCUACCAACACUCCGUUCACGGACGCGCUGACCAUCGGGCAUUUCAUUGUUAUCUACUCAUUGUUAACUACAGUAAUAAACCAUUAUACAGUCCACUGCCUUUGUUGUAUCGACCCGACUGAGCCCAAUCAUUGGUCCUUCGAUCGCGCAAAUAUAAUUACACCAGUUUUGCUGUAAUUAACAUCGUCGUCAACGUGUACAUUCGUCGUGCGGGCCGUCGGACUUUGACCGCUCGCGAGUACAACGUGGCCGAGAAGAUUAACAACGAAGUCGUUCCUGUAUCAGCUUGCAUCGUCAUCGUGGGAGUCACUAUUUGGGAGUAUAAUACAGUCUUUGAGUGAGUCCGUUCCAAUUAGUUAUUUUUUCACACUUUUUCUUACCCGAAAAUCGUUAUUCUAUUUUCCAAAUCCUUCGGUGAAUAUUUAAUUUUUCCCUCACGCUUUCCUUUUAGUGUUUCUUCUUAUUUAAAAUUGCACUGCAUAUUUAAAUACGAACAUUUCGUUGAAAAAACGCUUAGUCAUUAGCUAAUUGCUUUAUAAUCCGCGUCGAGUCGUUGACCUUGACAUUAAUUAUCGACACCUUUUGUUCACGCACAGCUGUUUUGCAGUUGUUAUUCAUUACUAUCAUUAGUAUUGCUGUGAUUUCGCUUUAAAAUGGCUGAGUUAAAAACAUUGACUAAGAAACGUAGUUCAAUUAAAUCAAAGGUCACUAUCUAUAGCAAUUAUUUAAACUUAGUUAAAAGUAGUUCCGCAGUAUCUGAGUUGCAGCGCUUAGACUUAGAAGAGCGUUUCAAUAAGUUCGAGGCCUUACACGCCGACUUUGAUGAUUUGCAGACACAAAUUGAGGUGCUUGCCGACGACGCCGAUUCCGCGUUUACUGAGCGAGAGGACUUCGACCGCCAGUUCUUCAAUCUGGUGGCACUCACGCGCAGCUUGCUUGGCGUUUCGUCCAACGUUGCAGGAUCGGAGGCGGGCUUCAAAGAUGCUGACUCAGGUGCACACAAUUCAUUUAGAAAUGGUUUUGUUCGUUUGCCUAAAAUAGAUUUGCCUCAUUUCGAUGGGAACUACCAAUCCUGGCUUGAGUUUAGAGAUACGUUUGGGUCACUGAUUCAUGAUAAUAAAACAAUAAGUGAUAUUAACAAGUUCCACUACCUGCGAGCCUCACUACAAGGAAACGCAGCUUUAAUUAUUAAAAACUUAGAUUUUAAAGCAAGUCAUUAUAAUAUUGCGUGGAACUUGUUGUGUGAGCGGUACAAUAACAACCGCCUUCUUGUGAAUAACCAUUUGCAGGCUUUAUUUGAUGUAGGCUCAAUAAUAAAGGAGUCAAGUGAGUCGAUUAGAAAUCUAGUAGAUGUAAUUAAUAAAAAUAUUAGGGCACUUACCACAUUAAAAAGGCCCACUCAAUAUUGGGAUGACAUAAUUAUUUAUUUCAUGAGUAAAAAAUUAGAUUUAAUGACUAGUCGUGAAUGGGAAGAACAUAGGAAUAAUCAUUUAAAAGAUGAUCCUACUUUAACAGAAUUUUGUACCUUUUUAGGCAAGAAAGCGGACUGGUUAGAAUCAGUGGAGUCUAACUGUAAUCUUUCAGCUGUCGUGAAGGUGACUGCCGUGACCGGUAAGCAGUACACUGCGCGUCUUUUGCUGGACAACGGCAGCACGGCAAACUUUAUAACGGAGAAGUUAUCGGAGAAACUGGGUUUGUUACGACGCGGUACGAGUGCCAAGGUAACGGGUAUUAAUAAUCUUGUAUCCACCAGUACACAGUCUUGUCACCUAUCAAUAGGGUCUUUAUGCUGUGCCUUCACUGUAGAUAUUGAUUGUCAUAUUAUACCUGAAAUUACAAAGGUACUCCCGUCUUCAUUCGUACACAUCAAGCAUGUCCCUAUUCCUUCAGGUCUUACACUGGCAGACCCGAACUUUAAUGUUCCGUCGGUCGUCGACAUCCUGGUAGGGGCUGAAGUUUUCUGGAAUGUCUUAGGCAGCAACAGAAUAGACUUAGGGAAAAACUUACCUAAAUUAUGCGAGACGAAACUCGGAUGGCUUGUAUCUGGUAGUAUUUCGCAUCAAUCUAGCUCUAUUUCCCAUGCAUCUAAUAAUCUUUGCUAUCAUUCCCAUGUCACUCCCGACUUAACUCAAUUCUGGGAGCUUGACACCAUCUCAAGCAAACAUUCGCACUCUCUUGAAGAGAGAAUGUGUGAGCAACUUUUCGCGCAAACCACCGUCCGUAAUGACGAUGGUGCGUUUGUAGUUAAAAUGCCUUUAAAGGGCGAUCCAAGCUCUCUAGGACAAUCCUACGUAAAUGCUAGGAAUCGUUUUUUAUCUCUAGAGAAGCGGUUUAAGCGUGAUCCAUCCUUUCAAACCAAAUAUUAUAAUUUUAUGCUAGAGUACGAGCGCUUAGGUCACAUGACAUUAGACGCCGACUGUACUUCCUCUGUCGAAUCACAAUCCGUGACAAAGUAUUACAUUCCACAUCAUGGCGUCAUUCGGAAUUCCAGUACCACUACUCAACUACGCGUAGUCUUCGACGCAUCAGCUCCUACUAGUACGGGAGUGUCUCUUAACGACAUUCAGAUGGUCGGUCCGGUAGUGCAAGACGAUCUGUUUUCUAUUUUAACACGUUUUCGUCAGCAUAGAUACGUGGUAACAGGCGACGUAGAAAAAAUGUACAGAGCCAUCGAGCUUAGUCCAGACCAGCGUUCCCUUCAAAAAAUUAUCUUCCGCUUUGAUCCCUUAGGACCUCUUAGGACUUACACAUUAAGUACAGUGACAUACGGUACUGCGUCUGCUCCCUAUUUGGCCACCAAGUGUUUGGUGAGUCUGGCUGAUAACAUUGAGGAUAGUCGCGCACAGUGCGCCAUACGGCGUGACUUUUACGUCGACGACUUUCUCAGUGGAAGCAAUACAAUUCAAGACACUGUAGAAGUCACUAAAAUUGUUAAAUCGGUUCUUUCUUCGGCAAAAUUUAAUUUACGAAAAUGGCGAUCAAAUAAUUUGGAAAUCUUAAAGCAAAUAAAUUCUAAUAAAGUUAAUAAUGAUUCAUAUAAUAUUUUACAUUUUUCAGAGCAGCACCUUAACUGUUCACAGUCUAAAACCCUAGGACUUAACUGGGUCUGUGACACUGAUUCACUUACAUAUACAAUUAAUAUUACGUCUACUAGUAAAGUCACCAAACGCCAUGUCCUUUCUGUUAUCAGUCAGAUUUUCGACCCACUGGGCUUGGUGGGUCCGUGCGUUGUCGAAGCCAAGAUACUUAUGCAACGUCUUUGGCUAGAUAAAUAUGACUGGGACGACGCAGUCUCACUUGAGAUUAGUAAUGCUUGGUCUGUGUUUGAGAGUACCAUUACAUCGUUAAAUAAUUUAAAAAUUCCUCGUUGGGUUUUGCGUGAAGACUCUAUUACACACGAAGUACACGUCUUUACCGACGCUUCUGAAAAGGCGUACGGCGCUUGUGUGUACAUUCGAUCAUCUAAUAGUGUCGGAGUCACUGGCGUACAACUUCUAGUAUCUAGAAAUCGUGUAGCACCAAUUAAAUCCACUACAAUCCCGAGGCUUGAACUUUGUGGGGCUUUGUUGGGUGCAAGGCUGUGUACUAAGGUUCAGGAAUCACUCACCAUACCCAUUCACAAGUGUAGAUUCUGGUGUGACUCAACGAUCGUUUUAUGUUGGCUCUCUACUCCUUCCAACCAACUAAAACCUUUUGUUAGAAAUAGAGUCAACGAGAUACAGGAGAGCACAUGUGGUCAUACCUGGAACUACGUACCGUCGAAGGACAACCCGGCGGAUCUUGUUUCCCGUGGUCUUCGGGCCGACAUUAUCAAGGACACACCCCUCUGGUGGUCCGGACCUUCAUUUCUGUCACUUAACGAAAAUGAAUGGCCCACAAUGCCAAAUACUGAGAAACAUGAUUUGCCGGAAGUAGUAACUCAUUUCAUUAGUAGCAAUAGCGAUCAUCAUUCAUAUCAUAAUCGUUCAGACGUUAACAUUAAUUCAUCAAUCAUACAUAACUUAUUAGAAAGGUAUUCUAUUUUUACAAAAAUACAUAAAAUAUUUACAUAUGUACAACGCUUUAUUUACAACUUAAAAAAUAAAAAUAAAUUGCAUGGUAAUCUUUCUACACUAGAACUAGAAAGGUCAUUAAAUUUAAUUAUACAUCAUUCUCAAAUUGAAAUGUUUCCGGAAGAGUACCACAUUUUAAAGUCUGGACAGAGAUUACCACGUAAAAGUAGGUUACUUCCCUUGUCCCCAUUCAUUGACGAUCAUAACCUCAUCCGCGUGGGCGGAAGACUUGAUAAUUCACCCUACGAUUUUAAUGUGAAACAUCCCAUUCUUUUAUGCAGCAAGCACAUUCUCACCAAGCUUAUAUUUCAAAUGCAACAUUUAAAGCUUGCACAUGCUGGUCCACAUUUGUUAUUGUCACAUAUACGACAAACUUAUUGGCCUCUAGGUGGUAGAAACCUAGCAAGGUUUGUCGUUAAUAGGUGCCUUAAAUGUUUCAGACACAGGUCUCAAAAUGUGCAGCCGGUAAUGGGUCAGCUACCUAAUAUAAGAACCAAUCUUGAAUUCCCUUUUCUUAAUUCUUAUGUAGAUUAUGCUGGGCCAGUAUUGGUAGCUAACCGUAAAGGCCGCGGGUGCAAACUUACAAAAUCUUAUGUGUGUAUCUUUGUUUGCUCGGCAGUGAAAGCUGUACAUUUGGAGCUCGUCACUGACCUCACCACCGAAGCUUAUAUGGCUGCUUUAAAUCGAUUCGUGGCGCGUCGAGGCAAGCCUCGAAGCAUCACGUCCGAUAACGGGACUAACUUUGUCGGAGCAUCAAAUGAGAUGUAUAGGUUCUUGCAAUCAUCAAAUGUUGCAUCUGAGAUGGCGCAGGAGGGCAUCGAAUUUAUUUUCACGCCUGCAUACAGCCCUCAUUUUAAUUCAUUAGCUGAAGCUGCUGUUAAAUCUUGUAAGCAUCACUUAAAGAGACUGCUGCAUCUCACCCAUUUCACAUUUGAGGAGAUGGUCACUUGUCUCACUCAUAUAGAGGCGGUUUUAAAUUCACGCCCUCUUACUCCUCUUUCUUCAGACCCUAACGACUUUUCGGCUCUCACUCCCUUUCACUUCCUAAUUGGACGGCCAUUCUUAACUGUACCACACCCUCAGGUGACUGCAGCGAACAUUACGACGCUGGAUCGCUGGAAGAGGAUCCAGUACAUCAGGCAGCACUUCUGGGGCCGUUUUCAUAAUGAGUAUACUUCUCUGCUGCAGGCAAAAUCAAAAUGGUUUCGUUCCAGAGGUGAGGUAAAGGAGGGCACUUUAGUCUUGAUCAAAGACAAGGCAGCGCCACCCCUACUGUGGUCCCUGGGUCGGGUCACGAAGACCUACCCGGGCGUGGACGGGAUCACACGAGUGGCUGAGCUGAAGACGAAGAGGGGCACCAUUCGUCGUGCAUUCAACUGCAUCUGCCCCCUUCCAGUCGACCACUGAAGAAGAUUUGAAGACUUCCCUUCAACCCGGGGAAUAUGUCGGCGCAUCACACAUGCGUGUAGGCGACACCGGUGCAGGCGCGGGGAGCGGGGCCGAACGACGGCCGCUCGCGCGUCGCGGCGCUUCCUACCAACACUCCGUUCACGGACGCGCUGACCAUCGGGCAUUUCAUUGUUAUCUACUCAUUGUUAACUACAGUAAUAAACCAUUAUACAGUC